AUGUCGGUGAAUGCCCUCGAGGAGGAGAACAAGGCUCUUCGCACCAAGGUUGCAGCACUCGAGAACGAGCUCAAGCAGCGCAAUGCCGAGGCGGUGAAGCUCCGUAACGAGAUGCAGCAACUCGCAAGCGUGAAACAGAAGAACGAGUCCCAGCAGGAGACCAUUUUGGCGUUGCGAAGCGAACUUGAUUUCGCCCGCGCUGCCCACACCUCGGCUCUGGAGGCGCUUGAAAAGGCGAGGAAGGACAACCGCGCCGCGGAGCACCGCGAGCGGGUAGAGCGUCUGCAAGCCCGCCUUGCUGAUGAGGAGCCCCACCCACAGGCUCCGCCGGGCACCGCAACACAAAAAACCGCCACUGCUGGUGGUAUCGUGAUGACGAGUAGCGGGCCGCAGGUUGUCUGCAACAGCUCCGACAUUUCCUCUCUCGGUUUUGGGCGCGUGCAGCGCCCGGUGGAUUUUCUGGGCGGUGCGCAGAACGCGCUACACCGGACAGGUAACACUGCGCAUGCGAAGGAAGGUGAGGAGAGUGAGGUGGAACGCCUCAUGGCGAUGGCGAGGGAUGGAGCUAUGAUGGAUAUUCAAUAUGCUGAUGUGGAUGAUCAUGAGGAGAAGAAGCUGCGCGAGCGGCUGGAGGCGCUGCGGCGCCGCUGA